AAAAAAUGAGUAUGUUGCUAAGUUUUAUGAAUCCACUUGCGAUUCUAUUAUAAGGAAUACGGUUAAUGAUACUAGUAAAUACAAUGAUUUCUGUAUGAAACUCAUUAGAAAUUUAGGAGCAUAUUCGACGGAUCCAGAAAUAAUUAAACCUAGUGUUGAACGUUGUGAUAACUUACAGAGUUGGUUAUGCUACUUGAUAAGGAAAUAUAAUAUUUCUAUUGAUUUUAUUCAAACAUGUUUCGAAGAAUCUAAGCUUCCGAAUGGCGUUUGUGUUAACAAUAAUAUCUGCCCUUACUAUCCAUAUAAAGAAUUUAUUAAUAUAGCAGAUGAUAUGUUAAAAAUAAAAAUUUUUGUAGACAAUAUUUCAACUAUUCGAAAUAUAUUGAUGGAUAAAGCACAUAUAUAUAAUUGUUCAGUUAGAAUGUUCCUUUAUGAAUGCUUAAAAAUAUAUAUGAAAAUAAAGGAUGACUAUUGUUCUCAUGCAGAAAGUAGCAAUACUAUAAAUAUUUGUUCAGAAUUAGUGGAAUUUGAGUUCUAUUAUGAUUCAUAUAUAUAUUACCUAAAUGAAAUACCAAAAAAAUUAAAAUUUUUAAAUGCAGAAGAUAUUCAAUUUACAAUUAACUGUUCAUUAAAUGAAACUAUGAGAAAAUCCGUGGCUGAUAAAUUUGAAGCAGCAGAUUUAUCUAUACUUCCACAGGAUAAUAUUAUAUCAGAAUUAACUACGGAAGAGAAUCGUACCGAAUUUGUAUCAUCAUUAAAUGAGGUGACAGAUGGAGGUAUAGUUGCAGAAAAAUCAACUCGAGGUGAUAUCAAUGAUACAGCAGAUCAUUCUACUUAUUCAACGGUAGGUAUUGUUGAAAAUCAAGGCAGUCUUAAGACACAUCUUGUAUCCACAGCUGUUGUUACCAUACCUGAUGGAGAUCAUAGCACAGGGAGUUCUGUCCAGUCAGGUACAACAACAGCUCUUGGUACGGGAACUGCAGUAUCAUCUGCAUUAUUUUUAUUAUAUAAGGUAUA